AUGCAUCAGCUAAUACUGCCAUGCAUCAGUUCAUGCAGCCCCGCCUACUAUCCAGCAUCAACUCCUUCAGCCCCGCCUACCAUUCAGGCAUUAGUUCUUGCAGCCCUGCCUACUGGUUAUGCAUCAACACCUGCAGUUCUGCCUACUGGUCAUGCAUCAACACCUGCAGUUCUGCCUACUGGUUAUGCAUCAACACCUGCAGUUCUGCCUACUGGUCAUGCAUCAACACCUGCAGUUCUGCCUACUGGUUAUGCAUCAACACCUGCAGUUCUGCCUACUGGUCAUGCAUCAACACCUGCAGUUCUGCCUACUGGUCAUGCAUCAACACCUGCAGUUCUGCCUACUGGUUAUGCAUCAACACCUGCAGUUCUGCCUACUGGUCAUGCAUCAACACCUGCAGUUCUGCCUACUGGUCAUGCAUCAACACCUGCAGUUCUGCCUACUGGUUAUGCAUCAACACCUGCAGUUCUGCCUGCUGAUUAUGCAUUAACAUCUGCAGUUCUGCCUACUGGUUAUGCAUCACCACCUGCAGUUCUGCCUACUGGUCAUGCAUCAACACCUGCAGUUCUGCCUGCUGAUUAUGCAUCACCACCUGCAGUUCUGCCUACAGGUUAUGCAUCAACACCUGCAGUUCUGCCUACUGGCCAAGCAUCAACCCCUGUAGCCCUGCCUACUGGCCAAGCAUCAACCCCUGUAGCCCUGCCUAUAGACCAUGCAUCAGUUCCUGCAGCACUGCCUACCACCCAAUCAACUCCUGUAGCUCUGCCUACUAUCAAAGCAUCAACUCCUGUAGCUCUGCCUACUAUCAAAGCAUCAGUUCCUGCAGCUCUACCUACUGGCCAAGCAUCAACUCCUGCAGCUCUGCCUGCGGGCCAAGCAUCAACUCCUGCAGCUCAAGCAUCAACUCCUGCAGCUCUGCCUACUGGCCAAGCAUCAACUCCUGCAGCUCUGCCUACUGGCCAAGCAUCAACUCCUGCAGCUCUGCCUACUGGCCAAGCAUCAACAGCACUGGCCAAGCAUCAACUCCUGCAGCUCUGCCUGCUGGCCAAGCAUCAACUCCUGCAGCUCUGCCUACUGGCCAAGCAUCAACUCCUGCAGCUCUGCCUACUGGCCAAGCAUCAACUCCUGCAGCUCUGCCUACUGGCCAAGCAUCAACUCCUGCAGCUCUACCUACUGGCCAAGCAUCAACUCCUGCAGCUCUACCUACCACCCAGUCAACACAUUUCCUUCCAGUACUACAUGAACUCCUGCAAUCACUCGGGAGUUGCAUAA